AAACAAAGUUUGCGGAAAAGUGAAAAAAUAUAUUGAUCCGAAUUUAUGAUUGUUGAAAAGCGUUUCAGGGGCUUUUUGCGCAUUUGUUUUAUAUGAAGAAAGUGAAAGUCUGUUAGAUAAGAUAACCAUAUUAAUCGAUAAUAAACUUAUCGCUUUAACAAUUGAUUUCGUCUACGCGUUUAUUGUUUAUUUCAAGUACUCCAAAAAAUUCUUUUGUCUAUGAAUGCAAUUCUAAGUCGACGGUUACCAGUGAAAAUGGUUUUCGAAGCUGGUAAGGCAGCUCUGACUUCAAACCAUUCAAUUGCAUCAGGUUGUCGAGUGUUAGCAGCUCCUUUAGCUGCGAAUGGAAUUGAACAUCGAUCUUCCUAUGAUGAAGCAAUUCUUGCUUUAAAUCAGUUACAAACAAACUCAGUGACACUGAAAGAAUCAAUUGGUCGAACGCAUAGCACGCAAAGCACUCAUGUUAAGGAAACACAACGGUAUUUGGAAAAAAUUGGUGUGACACUUGAAGGCUUAGAUGAACUUUCGGUGAUUCACGUCGCGGGAACUAAAGUAAUAUGAAAAAAUAUAUAUACAAAAAAACUGUUUUGUAAUUACAUUGAUUGUGAUUCCAUUUCUAUUUCCACCCUCUUGUUGAGCUCUCGGUUGUUUUUAUCACUUUUUUUUCAACGACAUAACCUUAUUUUCUAUGUACAUUGGCAUUUUUUUGGGAACUAAGGGAAAGGGAUCAACAUGUGCCCUCGUCGAGUCAAUCCUUCGAAGCCUGGGCGUUAGAACGGGUUUCUACAGCUCACCACACUUGAUAAAUGUUACAGAACGCAUACGUUUGGAAGGCGAGCCCAUAUCGAAGACGCUAUUUUCGCAAUACUUUUGGAUAAUUUACAGUACACUGAAGGAAACAAAAGAAAAUGAUCACGAUAUGCCGCCCUAUUUCAAGUUUCUCACAAUUAUGGCCUACUAUAUAUUUCUAAAAGAAAAAGUUGAUGUAGCUAUAGUCGAAGUUGGUAUUGGGGGCGAGUUUGAUUGUACAAACGUUCUGCGGUAUGUAAGAAACGUUGUUGGGUAUUGUGUAUUCAAGUAUAAACGAACGAAUGUUUUAAUAAACUCUUUCAGAAACACAAAAACCGUCGGCAUCACAUCGCUUGGACUUGAGCACACCCAACUGCUCGGUACUUCCUAUAGAGAGAUUGCUUGGCAAAAAAGCGGCAUCAUUAAAUAUGGUUCAAGUGUCUUUUCAACCUAUCAAAAUGAUGAGUGUAUUCCAACAUUGCUAGAGCGGGCCCGUGAAAAAAAUGCCAAUUUGAAGUUCAUACCCGACUUCACGGCAUAUAAAAAUAAAUGCCACAAUGAAAAAGUGUUCGCUGAAAUUGCUUCCCAUCCAACAAAAUUAAGGAAUGCGUCUUUAGCAAUUGAACUUAGCUAUGACUGGAUCCGGAAAAAUCCUCAGAAAGUAAAACGAAAAUCAAUUUACAAUAAAUUAAAUAGCUCUGUGGAUGGAUUGCAUUUGCCAAUUGAAAUCACCAACGCGUUAGCAAAUUGCUAUUGGCCUGGUAGAUGUCAAACAUUACACCAACGCAAUAUGACACUGUACAUUGACGGAGCACACACGAUUGACAGUCUACACCUAUGUAUUGAUUGGUUUAUCAACAAAACGCAAUUGAGCACUGAGAAGAAAUUCCUGUUAUUUAACAUAACUGGAGGUCGAAACGCAAACGACAUGUUGGAUGUUAUUAACGCUAAAACGAAAUUUUACCGAGCUAUCUUCACCCCCAAUGUCUCAACACUAUGCUCUCGAGCUGCCAGAG